AUGUCAAGUCAACAGCGCUCAGAGGACGAUCUGACCACAGCCCCCCCUACACCCGCACCGGCCAUCACAAAACGCCAACAUGCUCUGCUAGAGCUUCUGACUUCUGAACGUGCCUAUGCAAGCGAUUUGGCACUCAUCAGGGAUGUAUAUAUGAGGUUGGCGUCUGGUCACCCUCCACCUUUCGGUUUCUCAUGUACGCGCCCAGUCUCGGGUUCAGAAAUUUCAAACCCUGGGUCUAGCUCAAGUUCCGAAUCCACCAAGUCGAGCUCAGGUACAUGCUCGUCCUUGUCUUCACGCACACCCCCACUAUCUGUCGCCGACACACGUAUUAUUUUCCGCAACAUUUCUGAACUAGCUGUUCUUUCUGACAUGCUCGUGUCAAAGCUCGAGACAGCGAUCGAAGAAGGAGGCAAGGGCGUGGGCGAGGUUUUCCUGGAGGUGGUACCCCUCUUUGCGCCCCCAUACACGACUUACAUCACCGCACACCCUCGCGCACUCGCACAUCUCGACGUCCUCAGCACACCACCGCAGCUCACGCCUCAAUUCUCGCGGUGGCUCAAGGAGAGCAAAGGACUUGUUGAGGCACACACGCACGCUUGGGACCUACCGAGUUUGUUAAUCAAGCCGGUUCAGAGGUUGUUGAAGUACGGGUUGUUGCUGGGCGCUGUGAUCAGUGCUACUCCGGAGCCGCUCGUUGUUGCGAAGCAGAAGGUGGAAGAAGUAGCUCGCGCUGUGAACGAGGGACGAAGGCGGGUAGAAGUCGUCAGAGAAGUCCUCGGGUCUGGACACGCCAAAGACGGCCCCGGAGCAAGUGGUAUAGGAUCUGUCGGCAUCCCCAAGGUGGGCGUUGUAAACGCUUCCGUCUCCCGCAUGCGCUCCAUCCACGUUUCAGAAAUAGAACCUGACCCUGAAAACGCCGAAGCGGCCCUCAUUGUAACCCUCGAAAGCAGGCUCAAGUCGCAUAUCACUACCCUCUCCCACCUCGCCCGGGACGCAUUUGGCUACGCUCGGACUCUCCAUACGCUGUUCGGGGCGCUCGUCAAGUGGGGAUGGUCAUUUGCAGGCGUCAUUGGCGUCACCGUCAACCCUGAACUUGAAGCCUUCGACGCGUUCCUCUCGCUCUGUACCGGACUAGUCGAACUCGUACAAGAUCUCGAGCACGAACUCCAUUCACACAUCCUCCCCUCUCUCCAAUCCCUCAAAGGCACAUCGGUUGCGCCACUCAAGCUUCUCAGUGCGCUGCACACUCUGCAGCCGCUGCAUAUGCACCUUCUGCACCUCCCAAUCACGCGCAAGCAACGCCCGUCAGAGGCGCUGCUACAGGCAAGCCAGAGUUACGUUGCGUUGCGGGGGCAGCUUGCGUUGGAGUUGCCUGUGUAUGUAAAGCUGCUGGAACGUGGGAUUGAUGGGGUGGUGUUAGACUUAGCCAGAGGAAUGGAAGCAUUUUGGGGAGUUGUAAGGCAGCGGUGGGGGGAGUUGUGGGAUGCUCUGCGGGUAGAGGGAGAGGGCCUUGGACAUGAAGGUGCGGGAGCAACAAGAGACAGUAUGGAGCACGCGGACCGACCAGCCGGUGGAGGCGAGACAGUUCGUGUCUGGCGCGAACGAUGGGGCGAUGUGUUGGGCGUGCUCGGGUCGUUAGCGGUUGUCAAUCCGCCUAAGAAGAUGGAGCGACUGCGUCCUAACUCCUAUGACCACUGCAGCUCACAAUCGGUGUCUUCCUCGUCUAACGCAGCGUCGCGCACGUCGCACUCGCACUCCAGAUCUUAUGAUAUGACUGGUCGACGGCGCAGUGGGAGUACGAACAAUAUCCCCACCGGUCCUAUCCUUCGCAAACCCUCCGAUGAGUCACUGCGUUCCGGUAAAUCUGGAAAGUCAGGCAAGUCGUACAAGAAUAACCCUGGUCCUGGUACAAGUACUGGGAGGGGGUUCGAGGAUGUACCACCUAUGCCUUCUGCCCUACAGCCGCCAUCACAGUCUCGCAGUGGCGCCUCUCCACCGCACCUCAAGCCCACGCGAAUGAAGAGUCUGCCUGGGCCGAUACUCAGCAACAUACCCUUUGUACUUGAUCCCCCACCAAGCCCGUCGUCGUUCGCCACGUUUGACGAUGAGCAGGAAGACAACGACAGAGACCGGGGGCGUGGCUCGCAGAGACGGCCGAGUCUAAAGAGUAAGAUCACAGAUACAUUGCGGCCGUCAUACCACAGGACGCGAUCCAGUUCUGUCAAGAGCCUCGGAGCUCCGAGCUCACUGGCACCAAGUUAUUAUAGCACAGAUAGUGCGCUGCCUACAUACCAAAUGCCAACUACGCCAACCCGAACACAUUCACCACAUACCCCCACUCGACGUACCACUGACUUGCAAGGGCUCCGCGCGCUCUACCAAUGCGCUGCCAUACACAUGUGUAUUCCACCUGCUGGAGUAUCGUAUCGGGGUUUACCGUUCUUCGAGUUGCGAUCUGGAGAUACGUUUGAUGUGCUUAGGGAGUACGGGCACCCCAGCACGCAUCCGGAUUUACCGUUAUAUGUGGAUGACGGGGAGGAUUGUUUGUUACUAGUUCGGGAGCUUGCUGAUGCGGAGGGAGGCAGAGAUGCAAAAGUUAGGGGAGAAGUGGGCUGGGCGUUGGCGAGUUUUUUGGUACCCCUGGAUUAA